CAUUCUCAUAUUAGUUUAGUCUCUCGUGCCGUAAACAUCUCCUGAAAUUGUCGUCUAAAAUAUAAAAGCAAACAAAAAAAUUCUUUGCUCCCAAAAACUUUUCGAAUCUUUUCGAACGAUUUUUAGCAAACGGCAAAGUUUUCCUCCUGAAAGAUGUGUAAUACUGCCUGUGGUUCGGUGUCGUAUGCCCUGGCCUACGGUCCAGUGGGUCCCGCCCUGCCCGCAAUGAACUACAGCAACUGCUGCUGUGGUCCCUGCCCACCCUGCGGGCCCUGGACCUGUCCGCCCAACCGCUGCUGUGGCUGCGGCGAGUAUGGAUGCUUUGGACCCUACUACUGAGGAGACUCGAAGCGGAGCAAAACGAAGUCGAAACACCUUGCAGAACUAGAG